AUGGGCUAUGAAGCAGCAGCCAGCAGCAGUGACGUAUAUGUACAUGGACUGGCGAGGUUUGACCCCGCGGCUAACUGCGGAUCGUUUGGGCCAAGCGUGGGCAUGGAUCAGAUGACUAGGUGGGAUGAAAUUUUGACUCUUCCAGUUCAGAACCCACCAUCGUCGGAGUUCUCUGCAGCAGAUAUCUCGUGGUCAAUGGUGGAGGGCUGGAAGGAUUCUAUGGAUAGGCUUGCGCUGAUUCCAUAUUCUAGGGUGAAUGACUUUGUCAGAGGAGAGUCGAACAACAAAGAUUGCCCAACAAGAUUUCACGUUGAAGCACGGAGAAGGCGUCCUCCGACAAUGAACUGCAAGCCGAAAGUUGAUGGGAUACUUGAGUAUAUUCUGUAUUGGUGUUCUUUUGGUCCAGAUGAUUAUAGGAAGGGUGGUAAUGUACGGCCUAGCAGGCCCAUCUCAGAAAAGAGAAAAACACCUGCUGGCCGCCCUAAUACAAAGAGGGGUUGUGUGUGCCAUUUUAUUGUGAAGCGCUUGAUUGUUGAACCAUCUGUGGCUCUUGUGAUAUAUAACCAUAAUAAACAUGUAGAUAAGAAAGGCAUGCCAUGCCAUGGUUCUAUGGACAAGAUGGCUGUAGGGACAAAGGCAAUGUUUGCACCAUACAUAUCUGAUGAGUUGCGUCUUCAAGUUAUGUCUUUGCUCUAUGUUGGUAUUCCAGUGGAGACCAUAAUGCAGAGGCAUACUGAAAUGGUUGAAAAGCAAGGAGGUCCAUCAAAUAGAGAUGAUCUUCUUACUCAUAGAUAUGUUAGGAGACUGGAAAGGAAAAUACGUCGUUCUGUUUAUGAGCUUGAUGAUGAUGACGCUAUUAGUAUUGACUUAUGGGUUGAAAAUAACCAGGAUUACGUGUUCUUCUAUGAAGAUUUUUCAGAUACAGACACCUUUGUCUUGGGCAUCCAGACAGAUUGGCAGCUACAGCAAAUGAUUCAGUUUGGCAGCCAUAGUUUAAUGGCUUCUGAUUCAAAGUUUGGAACAAACAAGCUAAAGUAUCCUGUACACAGCAUCCUUGUUUUUGAUCAGCACAAAAAUGCAAUUCCUGUUGCGUGGAUUAUAACCCCCAAUUUUACACAUGGUGAAAUAUAUAAAUGGAUAGGCGCUCUUUAUGAUCGAGCUCAUACAAAAGAUCCUACUUGGCAAUUGGGUGGCUUUAUUAUUGAUGAUCCCUUGGCAGACGUUCGCACAAUAAGGGAAGUCUUCCAUUGCCCUGUGCUGAUUAGUUUAUGGCGUAUCCGGCAUGCUUGGCAUAAAAAUUUGGUUAACAAAUGUUCAGACAUUGAGAAGCGUUCAGCGAUGGCCAAACGUCUUGGAGAUGCAAUAUCUAGUAUAUGCAGAGGAAAUGGUGAUGUUGAAUUAUUCGAAGGUUUUCUGCAAGAUUUUGUUGAUUGUGCUGGGUUUCUAGAUUACUUCGAAGCUAGAUGGCUUCCAAGACUUGGGGCAUGGAUUACUGUCUUAAAGGCCACCUCAUUGGCUACUGCACAGGUAGCUUCAGCAGUAGAGAGUUACCAUCACCUGCUAAAACUUCGGCUGCUAAAUGAGGCAGAUAAAAGCGUCUAUUGGCGUGCUGAUUGGUUGGUUCAUAAGCUGGGUUCAAAGGUCCAUUCUUACUACUGGCUGGAUGAAUUCUCAGGAAAGAACAGCUUUUCACGUUACUGGAGGAGUGAAUGGAGCAGUGGCCCAAACCCAUGGUGCCAGGGAAUGCAGAUUCCAGAUUCUGAUGUUGUCAUUGAAGGCAAUUAUGCCAGUGUGGUCAGCCAGAAGAAUAAGGAGAAAUCCCAUGUCGUACUGAAUCCAGGUUCUGAGUUUGCGUUGUGCGAUUGUAGCUGGUCAAGGAAGGGGAACAUUUGCAAACAUGUAGUAAAGUCAGCAAAGGUCUGCCGUGACAGGGGAUUGGCACUGCCAUCGUUGGCCAUGUUCCACUAUUACCAGGCAUUGGCAAAUCUUGCUCGUUGUCCACCCAGUGAUACUUUGAUUAGUGACCAUGCAAUGGCUGUGGCAGUUUCUGUUAAAACACAGUUAGAUGCAGUGUUAUGCGCUGUUAAUGGAAGUUCUUCAAUUAGUCCAGCUUUCCAGGAUCCACAAUCAACGAGUAAGCCAAGAGAAUCUGAAACUGAGGAAGCCAACUCUGAGAAUGGUGUGUGUGCAAGUCAAUCCCAGCCUGGUGCUGGUGAUGAUGAGGAUCAGGACAUUCCAACUGGCAAGAAAAGAAAGUCAGGUAAUGCUUCUGGCGACAAUGAUGAUGUUUCCAUAUAUCAGGACAGCCUGGCUCGCAAGAAACACAAGUCAGGAGAAGCUUCCGGUGACAAUGAAGAGGCCUCCACAGAAGAGGACAGUCGGGCUCGUGAAAGUAGGAAGACAGGAGAAAUUUCUGCUAACGAUGAAGAGGUUUCCAUAGGUCAGGAUAGUAGAGAUCGUGAGAAAAGAAAGUCAGGAGAACCUUCUGGCAAUGAAGGAACUUCAGCAACACAAGCCACACAACCUUCUGAGACUGAAACCAGCCAAGCAACCAAUGGACUGCCUGUUUCUUCAGAAGCUUAG